ACCUAAAACAAGCUAAAAACAAUCAACUCUUAGCUUUUAAGGCUAGCUGCUUUAGUUUUUUUUCUUAGGUCAAUCGGUUUAGUUGUGGGAGAUAUUAAAAUGUCCGCAUUAUCUCUAUCCUGUCGGACAAAACUCCAACUGAAUCUUCAUUACAGCAGAACUCUGCUUCAUAAGGCUGCCUUUUGUUCUAGCCAACCCACCCAGAGCUCCCAGUAUGGACAGUACUCUCUGAGGAGGGUUGUUAUUACUGGAAUAGGACUGGUGUGUCCCCUGGGCACAGGCACCGCUCUGGUGUGGGAGCGCCUCAUCAGUGGCCAGAGUGGGAUUGUCGCCCUGGACCCCGAGGAGUACAGGACUAUCCCCUGUAAGGUGGCUGCUGUGGUACCUAGAGGGUCGGAUGAGGGUCAGUUUAGGGAGGAAACAUUUGCAACACGUACGGAAUUGAACAGCAUGUCCCCGGCCACCGCAAUGGCCCUCGGGGCUGCUCAGCUGGCUCUUGAGGACUCAGGGUGGUGCCCCCACAGCCCAGAGGAGCAUCUUAACACGGGAGUGGCUGUAGGCAUGGGGAUGGUGUCACUGGAUGAGAUUGCUCGCACCUCCGCUGCUUUCAGAGAAAAGGGCUACAACAGAGUGAGCCCUUUCUUUGUGCCGCGCAUCCUGGUCAACAUGGCAGCGGGUCACAUCAGCAUCAAACACAGACUGAAGGGCCCUAACCACGCUGUGUCCACGGCCUGCACAACCGGCUCUCACGCCAUUGGUGAUGCAGCUAGGUUCAUCGCACACGGGGAUGCUGUUGCCAUGGUUACAGGUGGAACAGAAUCCUGUAUCGGACCACUGUCAAUGGCCGGUUUUGCCAGAGCACGCGCCCUCGCCACGAAAUGGAACGACGACCCUCCGCUGGCCUCCAGGCCUUUCCACCCGGACAGAGACGGGUUUGUGAUGGGAGAGGGGGCAGCCGUGGUCCUGCUGGAGGAGCUGGGUCAUGCAGUGGGAAGAGGGGCCAGGAUCUAUGCAGAGGUCCUGGGCUAUGGGCUUUCAGGGGAUGCCACCCACAUUACUGCGCCCUCUUCAGACGGGGAUGGAGCAUUUAGGUGUAUGUCUGCUGCCCUUAGAGAUGCUGCGGUCUCCCCGGCAGAUGUCACCUACAUAAACGCUCACGCCACCUCCACACCCUUGGGUGACGCUGCAGAAAAUGCAGCCAUUAAGAGGCUCUUCCAGCACAGCACUGACAGUCUGGCUGUUUCUUCUACUAAGGGAGCCACGGGGCAUCUGCUGGGUGCUGCUGGGGCUCUGGAGGCAGCUUUCACUGCUCUGGCCUGCUACCACGGGGUUCUGCCCCCAACCCUCAACCUGGACCGCACUGAGCCUGAGUUCAACCUAAACUAUGUUCCUUGCACAGCACAACCAUGGAGGACUGAGGGCCGAAGGCUUGCUCUCACAAACUCAUUUGGAUUUGGUGGAACCAACGCUUCAUUAUGUCUCAGCAGUUUCUCAUGAUAGACUGACUUGAUGACAUUUGCUUCAAAAAUAAUAAACUAGAGUUCCACAUCUGUUAUGUUCUAAAAUAACCCAGUAUUCACUGGGCAAAAGUGAUGUCUUUAACUGGAACUGCUUUCCAAAAUGCUUUAAUUGAUUGGUACAAAUGCCUCUGUCUUUGGGAGCAUUUUCUUGUUCUUGACAAAAGUCAAGAACAAGAAUUAGGACUGUUAAAUAUUUUCAGAGUUCAUGGUUGACUCAGUAACACCCAGGUGACUUCCUCCACUGCUGAGCACCGCUGUUAAUGUGUCUGUGACUUUAUUCUGUGUUUGGGUUUCUGCUAAAAUGACACUGUGAAUUAUGACUGAACGUUGCAACAUUAGUCCAGUUUGUAUUAGGGUUGUUAUCACAGAUAUGCUUUCUUUUCUGAAAGAACAAACUUCCAAAUAUGUUUAAAUAAAACUGGAUUAGAGCCACUA